GUCCAAAUCUAUUGGACAUCUAAAGAGUCGUAUUUUCACAUAGACCCUUCUCAAAAUGACCACUACCGUUUCAUCUACACGGAAUGUCAUCUUGUAUUUUGUUGCGCUGGUCCUUCCCCCAGUAGCCGUAUUUUUCAAACGCGGAUGUGCUGCAGAUUUUUGGAUUAAUAUCUGUCUUACGAUUUUGGGUUGGAUACCAGGAGUCUUGCAUGCAUGGUACCUCAUUUCUCGGAGCGAGGGAGCAAUGUAAUGGCGUCAUAGCGUCAUUAAAAUUAUCAGCGCAAGAUAGUCUGCAAGGAGCUUAGAUCAAGUAGAAUCUCCGAGUAGAAUCUCUCCACGGUGACCUGGAAAUUGGAAACUCUUAAUGAUGUGCUGUU